CGGGGCACGGAGGGCGGCCGGGCGGGCAGCGGCCCCGGCCCGCGUCUGCGCCCCUCGCGGCCCGCGAUCGCCCGCGACCCCGGCGCCGGGUGCCCCCGGCCGCACCGCGCGCACAGCCAUGGUGGGCCGGCUGAGCCUGCAGGAUGUGCCCGAGCUCGUGGACACGAAGAAGAAGGGCGACGGCGUCCUGGACAGCCCGGACUCGGGGCUGCCCCCCAGCCCCAGCCCCAGUCACUGGGGACUCGCGGCGGCCGGGGGCGGUGGCGGGGAGCGUGCGCCCGCCCCCGGGGCGCUGGAGCCCGACGCGGCGGCGACCCCCGCGGCCCCGAACCCGGCAUCUAUCCCCAGCGCCCCGGUCCCCAGCUGUGCACCAAGGCUGUGUCCCCUGUCCUUUGGCGAAGGAGUGGAGUUCGACCCCUUGCCACCGAAGGAAGUAAGGUAUACCUCCUUGGUCAAGUACGACUCAGAGCGGCACUUCAUCGACGACGUGCAGCUGCCACUGGGCCUGGCUGUGGCCUCCUGCAGCCAGACGGUCACCUGCAUCCCCAACUGCACGUGGCGCAACUAUAAGGCUGAGGUGCGCUUCGAGCCACGCCACAAGCCCACACGCUUCCUCAGCACCACCAUCGUCUACCCGAAGUAUCCCAAGACCGUCUACACCACCACCCUGGAUUACAACUGCCGCAAGACGCUGCGGAGGUUUCUGUCCAGCGUGGAACUCGAAGCCUCGGAGUUCCUGGGCAGCGAUGACCUCUCAGACGGAUGCUGACUCGAGCAGGCUGGGCUGGGCUGGGCUUGGACCAGCUCUUCCGCCGCCCUGGUCAGGUUGGGCGACGUUGCCCUCCCAUGUCAUUCCAGCCCGCGAGGCGUCCAACCUAGAGAUACCUCUAAGCCCAGCCUGGGGAAGGAAAAAAAAAAAAAAUCACUGCAUUUCAUAAUUAUUGAGAUAUUUGGUUUUUGUUUUUGAAUUUUCAAGUUGUUUUUCAAAGGAGGCGAUUUCCUGGUUUGCUGCGGCAUAGUUUCCCCAGAGUCUCAAUUUGAUGAGAAAGUAAAAAGACCACUAGGACAGAAGGAGGUGGCAGCAGUGUGACAUAGGGAGGGAAGGAGGGCUCGUCUUCCCUUGGCCAGUUUGUCUGAGGAAGAGUAAGGAAAAAAGUCCCUGGGGUGGAGAUUUCAGCCACAGGUGUCUUCACUGCCACAAAAGCAGUGCUAACUCAGCCAGUUGUGACACCCACAUGGGUUCAAUCUGGAGUUCUGAGUUCUGUUCCAUCUUGUAUUUCCAUUUCCAUUUGUAUUUCCUGUUAACCAAAUCUGUUGAAAUUCUCUAAAUCUUUUUCAUGAUAUCAAAAAACCCCAAACCACAAUAUACGAUGCCUUAAAAAAAAAAAAAAAAGGUCCACCUGUCCUCGAGUGCUUCAGGAAGGUCAGAUCCGGGGGUGGCCGGGUGUUGGGCUGUGGCCUUGGCUGGGGUUCCAAGCACAGGCUCUGGCAGCGUGCCUUGAACCCCGGGCAUCCGGGUCACACCUCCACAGCCUUGUGCAACUCUCCCGAUAAGUAUUUUGGGGUUUCUAAAUGCUUUCCCAUCUUUGCAUAAGGGAAAAUGUAGCGCAGGGCGCUUUUGAGAGAAACGGCAUUGUAAAAGAAUGCUUUGGAAAAACACUUUGUGGGCCCCCGCGAGGGGGUUUCCACUCAGGACGGGAAGCAGCCGCCCUGGCAGCGGGAGAUGUUUCUGGUGAUCUGGUUCAUCAGGAGGGGUGCCCGGAUGGACUCAUUCCCGGGAUUCCGGGAUUUCGAUGGUGUCAGAGUGGCGCGGCAGUCCUGCCAGCGCCUGACGUCCGAUCCAGAAAGCAGGGAGGUCUGUGUCCCCUCUCACCCCGGUUAAGCAAAGGUGGAUUCAGAACAGGGAAUGAUGUCACGGUUCAGACUCCAAAACCUGGCCACUGUAGUGAUGGCACACACUUCUUUCAUACCACAGUGUGAGUGGAAGUGACAGUCACCGAGUUGGGUGCGAACUAAAGCUGUGUCCCCAAAGAAACUGUGUGAAUUCAGCUGACCUGGCCAGCAGCAGCCGGCAGCAGUGGCCCCGGGGGCUUCAGCCCCGCUCACCCUGCCUCCCCCCCACCCACCCUGCCCGGCCCCUGCUUCUCAGAACCUCCUGCCAGUCCCUGCGGCGUCUGAGUAAAGAAAGUGGCAGAUGGGUUUUUUUUUUUUCUUCCAAUAUUGGAAAGAACAAACUGUAGAUAUUUCCUUUGAAUACAACCAAAUUAUGUCAAGUGCUCGAGGGUCACAGAGCAUUGUAAGCUCCCGUUGUAUCUGUAGGUGUCUUCCAUCUGUCCCCAAAGCAGAAUUGAUAGCUCCACGGGUGCCCCGGAGCCACAGCAGGGACUUUUGUUAUUGUGAAAGCAGGUGCGAUGAUAAUCACCCUCAGUGACAGUCGUGGAGGCCUCUAGAGCCACGUCUGGCGUCCACUUCGGACAACAAUGUUUAGUCUGUCCUGCUCCUAACUGGUGGCACCUGUCCCACGAACGCACCCCGGGGACGGAGCCUGCAGUCUGCUUCGUGGUCCAGAGUUUGCCAGGGUGAAGCUGGGCAGGGACCCAACGAGGGGGCCGCUCUGGGACCCCUUAGUCUCCGAGAUCAUGUACGGAGCCACAGAUGCUUCCUGCAUUUGGAAGAGCAAAUUAUGCGGCUUUUAUUGAUAAAAAUGAAUUUUUCUAUCUCAUGACACAAUGUUGUCAUUUAAGUGGUGAACAUAGUUUUUAAAUUGCUAGAAUUCCCAAGGCUUUUCUCUGCCCCAGCGCAGGCGCUUGGAAGAGCUCAGGACAGCGUUGUGGGCAGAGGACAGAACGUGGCCUUUGAACACAGCGGGGUUUUGAGAUAUCUUUAGGAGAUUUUUUUUGUGUCAGGGGGAUUUGUGUUCAGUUCAGGCGAGGCUUUCUAGGUGUGGAGAGGAUCUGAAAUACGGCAGUGAAGUAAGUAGAAGUGAGCAAUUGUGAAUGUGUGAUGCAAAUGGAAAAGCAGGUUUUAUUUUGUUAAAUUAUUCACUAGGGAACCAAUUGUAGUUCUUUCUAAUCUCUUUCUCCAAACCUGCUUUGCUGACAAGUUGCAGAAAAGAAAGCAUGUGACGACGAAUGGACACUUCAGUGCAGCUCAGAUAAUGCCAGCUGAUAGUGGAUUCGUGUUCGUGUGCAAGGUAGGGGCAGUGAUUUCUAAAACUCACUGAUUAAAACAGACAUUCCGAAAUGUAUCAGGAGAUACAGUUUAUUUGUUAAUUGAAAAGCUUUUUUCUUAGUCUUUAAAUUAUGGCUUUCAUGUAAUAAGGAUGAUUUGUAUUGUUAGUGAAAAGUUGUUUUCCUUUAAAAUCACAAACCUUUUAAAAAGACUUAAUUUCAGUAAGUGCCUUUUCAUGUGACACUCUUCCUGUUCCUAACCGUAGGGAAUCCACAAUACUAUCUGACAAAAACUGUGCCUCAAGUUUAUCUUUGACAUCUGUCCAUUUUGCUUUGUGACUUCUUCAUUUGGCAAUAAAUUAUCUUUAAAAAAAAGUAAAA